AGAAGAAGGGUGAGGGAGUGGAAAAAAGGACGAUGAUCACUGGGAAUCAUAUUAUCACUUGUUUUUAAGAAAUUCAGAUUAAAGGAAGUCGAUUAAGACCUAAUUUUGUAGUCUUCAGCCUCAACCUCGUUUUCCUUCACGUAGUAAAUUUGUUGGGACGUUGUAUGUGACAACUGAAUUCGGCAAACGUCGUCAUUUGUGGUGAGACUUGGUCCAGGAUGGAGGAAGAGGCACGCAAGCUCGCUCAAGAAGGAAUAAUUAAGAAACUGAUCAGUCCUGGAAAGGGCUACUUAUCGACUUUCCCGAGUGGAACCAAGGUGAUCUUCCACUACCGCACCAGCUUGUGUGAUGGCAUGGUGCUGGAUGACUCCAGAACCAUGGGAGGGCAGAGCAAACCUAUGGAGCUAAUUCUAGGAAAGAAAUUUAAAUUGGCUGUGUGGGAGAGGUUGGUCAUCACCAUGAGACAAGGUGAAAUUGCAGAAUUUACCUGUGACACCAAGCACACAGUAUUGUACCCGCUUGUGUCCCAGUCACUAAGGAACAUCAGCGCUGGUAAAGACCCCCUGGAAGGCCAGAAGCACUGCUGUGGCCUUGCCCAGAUCCAUUCCCACCACUCUCUGGGGCACAAGGACCUGGAUGAGCUUCAGUCCAAUCCACAGCCUCUCGUCUUCACAAUCAAAUUGCUCGAGGUGUUGCCUCCAGGAACAUUUCAACUAGAUGUUUGGGCAAUGACAGACGAACAGAAACUUCAAGUGGUGCCACAAAUCCAUGAGGAGGGCAACAUGCUCUUUAAAAAGGGCCUUAUUAAUCAGGCUGCAGAGAAGUACUACAAUGGCAUUGCAUGCCUCAAAAAUUUACAGAUGAAGGAACAUCCUGGGGAUGAAACAUGGGUAAAGCUGGAUCUUAUGAUUACACCACUCCUCCUCAACUACUGCCAGUGCAAGCUACUCCAGGGCCAGUACUAUGAGGUCAUCGAACAUUGUUCAGCUCUGAUCUUCAAAUAUGAUGAUAAUGUGAAGGCCUUCUACAAAAGGGCUAAAGCCCAUGCUGCAGUAUGGAAUGAGGCAGAAGCACGAGCAGACUUUGCAAAAGUGUUGGAACUGGAUCCAUCACUGGCACCGUCUGUGACCAAGGAGCUCCGGGCUAUGGAGGAGCGGAUCCGUGCCAAGGAGGAGGAGGACAAGGGUCGUUACAAAGGGCUGUUCAGUCACAGUGCCCCACCAGCCACUGCAACAACAUGUCUCACUUCCAUUCACAGGGAUGAUGUCACACUGUUGGAUGGGAUGAGAGAAUGCCUGUAAAUUUCAAGAUGGAGGAAAAACAUUGGGGAUUGGUGAUGUCUUUUUUUUUUUUCUUCAUGCACCAGAGCCAAAACAUUUGCUGCCACUCUGUCCUUGCAGAACAUGUGUAUACAUAAUUAUUUUUCUUCAUGAAAAUGUGCAAUUUGAGUUCCUGCUUUGCCAUUUUUGUCCUCCCACAUGUACAUUAAUUGCUGAAUAAAACAUACAGACCUUAUUAGACUUCAUUUGAAAUGUCAAAUGUAGUAAAAUCAUUGUAUUUUUUUAAGGCAUUGGCCACCUGCUCCAAUUAUUCGUUGUAUGGUGGAAUUUUCAAGCAAUAUGCUGUUAAUAUUUCAAAAAUGAGUUCUUUGAAAUGGGCUGCGUAAUGUUAUACACCAAUCAGCCAUAACAUUGUGACAGUCCUCAUUUUGCCACCAAAACAGGCCUGGCACAUGAAGACGUGGUCUUCACUACACAUUUGAAGGUGUGUCGUGGUAUCUGGCACCAGGAUGUAAGCAACAGAUCAUAUUCCUGUAAGUUGCGAGGUAGGUCCUCCAUGAAUUGGACUCCAUGUGACUCUGUCACCAGUUUUCCUUCCUUAGACCACUUAUGGGAACAUCCCACAAGACCUGCAGUUUUGGAGAUGCUCUGGCUCAAUCUUCCACAAUUCUACCCUUGUCAGUCCCUCAAAUCUUUGUUGUAAUAUCCUGCUUCCAACACAUGAACUUUGAGGACAAAAUGUUAAAUUUGCUGCCUAAUGUAGCCCACCCACUAGCAGGUAACAUUGUGACAAGAUGAAAAAUGUUCACUUCACCUGUCAGUGGACACAAUGUUCUGGCUGAUCCGUGUAUGUUUCUAUUUCAAGCACCAUGCAAAUGGUAACUGUAUAACAUAAGCUAUCAUCUGUUGCCUAUAUUAUUCAGUGUUAUCCACUGUCAAUUGGACAUUUUCUGUCAUUUUCAUUUAACUGAACAAUCGGGAAACUAAAAGCUCUCUGUCUUCGUGCAGAAUUUUAGAUAUUUCCAAGUGUAUUGUACUGGAUUACUUAUUACAAAUUAAAAACUGAGAAAU